CCAUUUGACCACACGGCGUUGACUGAUGACGUGCGCAUACAUUCAAGAUGGCGAAAAGGCAGCAUGGGAAAAGUUUUCGGGAUCGGACAACAGAUAAUGAAAAAAUGAAUGAACAUUUCGACCUCGGUCUAAACUCAAGCGAUGAUGAGGCUCCCGAAGAAGUCACGUUUGAAGAUUCUAAAGCAUCCGCUAUUAAGAGAAUGAAAAAUGCAUUGGAGACUGCCAGACGAGAAAAAGAUUUGCUAAAGGAAAAACGAAGGCGGCGACAGGAGCUCUUUCAGCAACAGAAGAAAAAAAGGCUUCUUCCUGCUGAUGUAUUGGAGGAAAUAGAUAUAGCCCAACCCAAGAAGCAGAAUCUUUCUAUAGACCAAGCAGAAAAUGAGAACAGCGAUAUAGAGACUGGUGGUUCAGAGGAGGGGGAGGGAACAGAAGAGAAGGAAACGGAUAAGAACCAAGAUAAAGGUGUCAGGGGUUUAAAAUGGAACAACAGUGUGAUGAGGCUGAAAGGCAGACCCUCUGCCAACUUCCAACAACAAGCAGCUGCUGACUUCAUCCAAUCAAGACUGUACGGAGCACAAAGUCAUAGAACCACAAACAAUGAACUUCUCUCCCUUGCAAAUAAGAGGGGGCAAAACAAAAGUGCCGCUGUGCAGUUUGUCAAGAAGGAUUGGGCCACAAAGAAAAAAGAGAAGGCAGAGAAGUUGAAGAAACGCUGGAUUCACAAAAAAAAUGUUUCCUCAAACUGACAAAAUUGAAAAGUGGAAUGUUAUUUAUCUUCUAUUGUUUUUUUUUCUUCCACCUGAAGAAAUCUAGAUUGCCAGUUUAUGAACAUUUAAAUUGGCAAAUUCAGAAAGCCCAUUGUAAACAAUGCAUCUAAAAUGAAGCCUGAACAAAAGAUCCUUAAUUUUGCAUUUUGAAGUAGUGAAGAGGAGGGUGGAGUGGAGGUUGUGAUGUCACAGUAGCACUGUCUUUGGUCAGUUGUUUUUUCUGAAUACUGAACAAUUACGCUCCAUAAAUGCAUCAUAUACAACUCUGCAAGUCACUUACUCUCAAGGUGAUUAAAGCUUUCAUAAGCAUUUAAGGCACUGGAUGUUUUACUAUAAUUGUAAAGGACAAACUGGUUGUUGUCGUCAAUGUAUGCCAUGAUUAGUGAAUACCUCUGUAUACAUCUAUACAAUGUUUGCUAAGGAGUUUUAUAAUUAAACUGAAGGUGAUAGUCAGGUUUUAUUUGUGUCAACACACUUUGCAGUUUGUGUCACAAGCAGUCCCAGCACAAGGCAUUAUCAACACAAAUGCUGUUAUUUCUUUUAUUUAAAUAUAAAUCAUUUCACCCUCAAAACUGAACAUCCCU